AUGGGUGCAGGAAGAUUUGUUGCUCCUAAAGGGGUGUUAAAAUACUCUUCACUCAAUGCGGGGGUCUCCCUAAGUAUUUGGGCUGCUUGCGCCAUAGUGUCUAUGAUGGCUGCCCUUAGUCACGCAGAGCUGGGGACCACUUUCCCUAGAAGUGGAGCACAGUAUUAUUUCCUCAAGAGAUCUCUUGGACCUGUUAUUGCUGUCUUCUAUCUCUGGAUCAAUCUAUCUAGUACCCUAGCAGGAACUGCUGCACGUGACUUUUUACUAGCAGGGUAUAUAAUGCAGCCUUUCUAUCCUGGAUGUUUUCUUCCUGAGAUGCCAAAGAAAUGUUUAGCAUUGGCCAUUAUAUGGUGCUUGGGAAUUCUGAAUGAUCGAGGAGUGAAGGAGGUGACUUGGUUUCAAACUGUCAGUACAGUUGUGAAAAUGACAGUACUCUGCUUCAUAUCUCUAACUGGAAUCGUGUUAUUGGUGAGAGGAAGAAAAGAGAACCUAACCAGGUUUGAGAAAGUUUUUGAUGCUGAAGUUUCAGAUGCCUCACAGAUUGCUGAAGCCUUCUUACAAGGAUUAUAUGCAUAUUAUGGCUGGGGAGUUAUUGUUCGAAUAGCAGGAGAGCUGAAAAACCCUAGUGAGAAUAUCCCCAAAUGUAUGGUUACUGCACUUACCCAUGUGGCACUGAUCUACUUAUUGGUUAACAUUUCCCACCUAGCCGUCCUGACUCUGAAGGAAAUCAUGUCCUCAGAUGCUAUUGCUGUCACCUGGAUGGGCAGAGUAAUCCUCAUGGAAUGGGCCAUUUCAAUUGGUGUUUCUUCCUCAAUAGUUAGCUCCCUUAAUUGUACUGUAUUUUCAACGUCAAGGUUAUGGGAUAUGGCAAGCCAGGAGGGUCAGCUACCUUUGAUCCUCUCAACUCUGAAUAUCCAAUCUUGUCCUGUGGUAGCUUGCUUUUUACAGUUACUAUUAAACGUUUCACCUGCUGAUGACGUUGAUGAAUAUAUUUCAACCGAAGGAAAUUUACAGAAAAAUCCACCUACAACUGCAACCAAAAAAGAAUAA